UACAGCCCAAAAAAACAACAACUCGACAACAGAUUGCGCUCUUAGCCCUUUAGCAACAAAGUACAAAAUCAACAAAAAUUUGAGAUUUUAGCCAAAGUACGCCUGUCUUAUGUUUCAUAAAUAAAUUGGAACUCACAAACGUAUACACCACUGUAGGUUUGUAUCAGCACUACUAAUUUUCUAGGAAAUAAUAAGUCCAAACGUAUUUCUUCUAACCUUUAGCGAUGCCACAGUACGACAGACAUGCUAAAAACAAAUCUCUUUGGGGUGAAGUUGGGGGUGUUGGGAACUGUAGUUUUCUCCAUAAAUUGACGCCGCAUACAGCAUACAAACGGGCAUCGUCUUCACUACGUUACCCAGAAAUCAACAGUGACACUAGGUGGUCGAUAGAUGUUGAGCGCCUUUGAAAAGGAUAAUUUUUUUUGUGUGACAUAAAAGCAAAAUGAACCGGAUUUCCAUGUAAUACACAAACUCUUCCAUAAUAAAAAAAAAAAUAGUUUUCAUUGAGUUUAUUUGUGAUGAAUUUAUCUGGAAUCCAUUAUUGUGGUUCCCCUCCCUUCUCCGCCAUGUUUCCUGUGAGUGAAGCUGGGAGCUAGCUAGCUUAACUCAGUAGCUAGCUGAGCCUUGAGGCUGCAGACUGUUGUGGGAAGGAGAUGCGAUGGAUGGUCCAACGACAAUGAGGCGUAGUGUAAAUAAACCGUGUCCACUUGGACACAUUUUGCUAAUAUUCCGUACCAGUGCACAAAUCGGAGCGCAGUGUGAGUGAUUGAGUUUGGCAGGAGGAGACAUUUUGUUAUUAUUUGAAGAUUAACGCUAGUUGAAGCUGUCUAAAUUGCUACCUUUUAGAGCUAGCACUUCCUCGCUGUCUAUAAUUGACUUCUGGAGUCUCUAGCCUCAGGAAUGUUUUCCAAAAAGCCUCAUGGGGACGUGAGAAAAUCAACACAGAAAGUGUUGGAUCCAAAGAAGGACGUCUUAACGAGGCUCAAACAUCUCAGAAUAGUCAUAGAAAAUGCAGAGCCACAGGAGCUGAAGCAGUUCUUUGACCACAAUUACUCCCAUAUAUACUAUGUUUUCUUUGAGAACUUUGUCACCAUUGAGCUUAGCCUCAAGCAAAAGGGUCAUAAGUCUCAGAGAGAGGAACUGGACUCAAUCCUCUUCAUUUUCGAGAAAAUUCUCCAGCUCCUCCCAGAGAGGAUUCAGGGUCGAUGGCAGUUUCACAGCAUCGGACUGAUCCUGAAGAAGUUGUUGCACAUCGGUAACUCUUUAAAGAUCCGCCGGGAAGGUUUGCGCUUGUUCCUGCUGUGGAUGCAGGCAUUACAGAAUAAUGCUCAACGUGAGCAACUCUGUAUGUUUGCCUGUUUAAUUCCUGGCUUCCCGGCUCCACUCUGCCAUGGGACUCCACGCACUUUGGACACGCUAAUUAACCCACCACUGAGUUUAACUGAGACUCAAGUAACCCCAGAAGAGAUCACCCCACUGGUACAUCCCCAGUCAGGUGACAAGAACCAGGAGGACCUUACUGCUUACUUCUUGGAAGCGCUAUUGAAAUACAUGGCCAAGUCUCUUGAGUGGCGUAAUAAAGAAAAUCAUGAACGUGGGUUCAGCUUCCUUUUUGGUCACUUUAGGAAGUUUUACCUUCACCACAUCUUUCCCAAUUUUGCUUUGGAAACUAGCCUCUACAACCCCAUAUUAGAGGUUCCUCCAAUGCGUCCCAAGCCCUAUUACAGUGUGGUGCGCAGAGAGCAGGAUGGUGGGGAAAUUAUCUAUUGUACCAAGGAAAGUUUCCUUCAGGCCCGGGUCAUCUUCAUCCGCUGGCUGGUUUCCUUUUGGCUGGAGCCACGACCCAACACACACACGCAGAUUCCAGGGACAGAAGGCGAAAACAUCCCUAAGAACAUACAGCGAGCAGCUGCUGGGCUUGCUGCUCGAUCUGCUGGCAGUUCAGAUGAAGGCAGCGUCACUGGUUUGCGGUCUGACAACCACCUUGAAGGCAGCGGGAAUUUCUCUGGGCCAGGGGGAGGAACCGUUGGUUUAGUUGGGGGUACCGGCCCCAUGGGGGAAUCGGAGCAAUGCCACUCCAACACAUCUACGUUAACAGAGCGGGAACCCAGCUCUUCCUCACUGUGCUCUAUGGAUGAAGAACAGCUGACAGACAUGGAGGUGGUGAGAAGAGUCCUGACCAGCUCGAGAACCAGCAUCAACUUCAUCACUGAGAUCUUCAGACAGGCAUUUCUCCUUCCAAUGUGUGAAGCUGCAGCAAUGCGGAAAGUGGUCCGUGUGUACCAGGAGUGGAUCUCCAUGGAGGACAAGCCAGUAUUCAUGAAGGAGCCCGAGGAAGGCCUCUAUCCAAUAGCAACAGCAACUAGUAUGGAUACUGGCUCAGAUAAGGAUGAUGAGGGAAUAAAUAAAAUGAUUGAUAGUGAAUUGUUGGAGUAUAGCGUUCAUGCAGGAGUUCAGACUACGCUACAGGUAUUUAUUACCCAUUCCUCCAAUGUUUUUUUAAUGGAGCCAGCCAACGAUAUCAAGUUCCUUUUAGAGGAGCAUGUUGACAUGUGCAAGCGAGUAUUAAACAUCUACCGCAGCCUUGUCAUGCAUGAAACCAUGGACCAGAAAACAUGGGAGCAGAUUUUACUUGUUUUAUUGAGAGUGACAGAGUCAGUAAUGAAGAGACCUCCAUCCAUCAUGCCUCAAGGAAAAAAGAGCAACACAUUGUCGGGAAGGCUGGCUGGUCCCAUCUUUCAGACAUUGAUUGUAGCCUGGAUUAAGGGAAAUUUAAACGUCUACAUAAGCAGAGAACUAUGGGAUGACCUCCUCUCAGUUCUCUCUUCUCUUACCUGCUGGGAGGAACUGGUGACUGAAUGGUCUCUCACGAUGGAGACUCUCACUAAGGUGUUGGCCAGGAACCUGUACACUGUUGACUUGAAUGAACUACCCCUUGACAAACUCAGUGAGCAAAAACAGAAGAAACACAAAGGAAAAGGUAUAGGUUCAGAAGGCCAACGGCAGAUAGUGGAUCGUUCCUUCUCUAAAGGUUGGAGUAGAGACCAACCAGGUCAGGCAGCUGCCAUGAGACAACGCAGUGCCACUACGGCUGGUUCACCAGGUAUCGAAAAGGCCAGAAGCAUUGUCCGCCAAAAAACUGUAGCCCUGCGUAGCUGUUCUACAGGGGACUCUCUGCUAUCCUCAGCCUUUAUCCGCAGUGCCAAGAGUGCUCCUGCUCUGGCUCCGCCUCUUCCUGUCCUCCUUCACCACCACCACCCUUUACUACCCCCCCUUGCCGACCAACUGGCAGACCUCGAGGACCCGCCAAUCACGCUGACUUCUCGCUCAUCUCGGAUGCGCCACUCCUCCCAGAGCGAGGAGGCCCCUCCAACCUCUUGUUCGGAGGUAUUCCAGGGUGGAGCUUGUGAACCAGAUAACUCGGCCCCUUCAUCGCUCGCAAGGAGCAGCAGUGCCUCUGACAUCAUGGAGCCCUUUAUCGCCGAGCGGGUCAAAGGUGAAGACCCACAGGGGGAUCCUAGUACAAUUGUAAAACCCUGUCACCCCACUGCUACUACCUUACUUGCAACCAAUAGCCAUGCAGCUCAGCAACUCCCAUGUCCUUUCCACUCCUCCUCUCCUACCCCUCUUUCACUCCGCAAUGGUGUUAUUUCAUCAACUUCCGGGGGACUAGAGGAUGUGAGUGAGUAUGACGGCAUUGGCUGUCAAAGCCGAGAUUCAAGUUCUGAUUGGGUAAGCGGUUGGGAUUCUGCCUUUACUUUUUCUGCUGAUAAGGAGAUUGAUGUAGCGGAGAAUGAAGUAGGCUCUGUAACAAAUGAGGAUGAUUUAUUUACCUCAAUUAGGGACUAUCUCACCCACAAAGCAGCAGAGAGAAAUGAGGCAGCAAGUUUAGCAACAGGUCUUCCUUUAGAAAAUGACAUUCGAGCUUCUGUACCAUUGAAAACUGAUACGACUACUGGGGAAACGGAAUUCAUACGAGAGGCACAAAAGGUGGUUGACAGACAGAUAUCUAAGGAAGAUAGACAGGUAAGUAUUUCAGUUAGACACGGUAGUGAUGAGUCAACAGAGGAGAUUGAGGCAGAACAGCGCAGUAUCUACGAGUGUCUUGAAAUGCAGUGUCAGUGGCCCUCGUUUGGUGCGAAAGGGAACUUUGAAGGACGCAAUGACGAGGUGGAAAAAGGGGAAGCAGUUGAAGGAAAUGCCACAGAAGGAGCAAAUUGGGAUGGAAAAUAUGAUUAUUGGAGGGAAAAGGGAGGAGAUAAAAAGGAUGAUAAAGACAUUGCCACGAACAAAAAGCCCUGUUUAAAUAAACAAGACCCAAACACAGUAGAGCCUACCAGUGAAGCAAUUCGUACUCCCCAACAUUCAGAUUCAACCAAACCCAAGAUGACCCGUAACCUCAAAAAGCAUCACUCCGGGAGCGUCCACGUUAGCUUCAGACCUUCCACUGAAUCAGUUCAGUUCCACAACCCCCUUGAGAAUAAAGAAGCCCACUGGAAAGCUAGACUGCGUCGGCUCAGUCACUUUCACACACACAGCCACUCUGCUGGUGAUAGGCCCGGAGCAGGGACAGGAACAGGGGGGAAGCAGGGAACAGGAAAUGCAGGUAAGUUUGCCUCUGUGGCUACUAUUGGUCACAAAGUAGGUGGCCAUGAGAGACUGGCAGUGGAUGUCACUGUAGCUCAGGGUACUGGCCUUGAUAAAAGGAUUGGCACUGGAGCAGGGGACAAGGACAAACAGUAUCCUGGACCGUAUGUUGGAUCCAAUUCGGUGCAUGAGACACAUUUUGAGGUCAUACCAAGCACUUCCGCUGUCUCAUCGGGUGUGCGAGGCCGACUGGGACGGUCUGCCUUGCGUUCUCGGGCUUCCCGGUCUCGCUCCCAGGAGCCCGGCAGCUCCGUCUCCCGACACCACCAAGGGGCGCUUCUCGGUGGGGUGUAUAAGACUGUGGUUCACGCAUUGUCCUCCAAGCCCCGUCCCCGCGGUCAGGGGUCAUCCCAAGGUUCGUCGCCACAGCGGCAAGGGCGGGCUGCAAUGGGCGAUGCUUCAUUAAGAGACCUCUACUCCCAUGUCCUCGGCUACUUUGGACGAAAGUCUACCACGGCAGCCAACAAAGAGGAGGUGCUACAGAAGGCACGCCCAGUUUCAACUGAUAUUGGAAACAGCAAUCCUAAUUUCUCUGAUCUCAUGGAUGAGUUCAUCCAGGAAAGACUAAGAGCUAAAGGAACAGUGGAGCGCCGUGGCAGCAGUCCAGGUAGUCUAGAAGUUCCUCAGGACCUGCCUGAGCUAUUAGAAGCUGGCCAGAGUCCUGGAUCUCGACCGCCUGAUGACCUCAGACCAAUUGAUGAUCCAGGGGUUCCAUCAGAGUGGACAUCUCCUGCCAGUGCUAGUGGCUCAGAUGUUGUCAGUUCUGACAGCCAAUCUGACUCAUUUAAUGCAUUUCAAUACCCCACAUGCAAGUUUGAUAAUUUUGCAUUUAAUUCGGAAAUCUGUGGCGGUGAAGAUCGAGGAAGCUCGUUGGACCAGGACAGUCUGGGAGGGGGUGUUGCUUGUGAUGAACAUGAAGUAGCAAGUUUGACGACGCUUCAUAUUGACUCUGAGACCAGUAGCCUUAGCCACACAGUCACUGUCACUGGUUCAGAGAGUGCGUCUCCCAUGCAUUCUCUCGGGGGCUCUCGUUCCCAGACACCUUCCCCGGCUACAUUAACAGCAGACCAUAUCACGCGUGCACACUGUCACUCACACACACACUUGCAGCUAGAUGAAAAACUUCACAACUCUGUGCUGCAGACUCCUGAUGAUCUAGAAACCACUGAAUUUCCCGGGGAGGAUUGUAGCGUCAUGGCAGGUGGUUCCCUCACUGGAUGGCAUGCAGAUGUUGCUACAGUCAUGUGGCGGAGAAUGCUGGGUAUAUUAGGGGAUGUGAAUUGCAUUAAAGACCCAGAGAUCCAUGCUCAGGUGUUUGACUACCUGUGUGAGCUUUGGCAAAACCUUGCAAAGAUCAGAGAUAAUUUGGGUAUUUCUCAUGACAACCAGUCAUCACCACCACCACCUGUUCUGAUCCCACCUCUUAGAAUCCUUACUCCCUGGCUCUUUAAGGCCACCAUGUUGACUGAACGUUACAAACAGGGAAAGCUUCAUGCCUAUAAGUUGAUCUGCAGGAUAAUGAAGAGACGACAAGAUGUGUCGCCAAACACAGACUUUCUUACUCACUUUUACAACAUUAUGCAUCAAGGAUUGCUGCACCAAGACCAGGACAUUGUGAAUACAAUUAUCAAGCACUGCAGUCCCAGGUUCUUCAGUAUUGGUCUACCUGGAGCCACCAUGUUGAUACUCGACUUUAUCAUCGCAGCUUCUCGAGUCACCUCUUGCUCAUCAUUAAAUGCUCCAAGAGUCGAAGCCCAGAUCCUUCUUGGAUCUCUUGUCUGUUUUCCAAAUUUCUUUGGGGAGCUUCCUGCCCUUUGCCCCACCACAGCUGAUGUUGCACUUACAAAGUUCCCUGACGUCAAGGAGCACAUUAUCAAAACUAUACUUACCUCUGCCAGGGAUGAACCCUCUGCUCCUGCCAGGUGUGUAGCUUUGUGCAGUCUGGGCAUCUGGCUGUCUGAGGAGCUGGCUCAUGGGACUCAACAUCCACAAAUUAACGACGCUCUUAAUGUCAUCUGUGUUACUCUAAAGUACACCAAUAAGAAUGUGGCACUGGUGGCAUCAGACAUCCUUCACCUUUUGAUCAGUUACGUGGAUCAUCUUCAAAAAUUUCCGAUUGACACUCCAAAAAAGAUAGUUGAGAUUUUGAUCGCCACCAUUACACACUUGCUACCUACUACUGAGUCCUCUCCUCAUGAGCUGGAUAAGAGGCUGGUCGUGUCCCUUCUGUUGUGUCUGUUGGACUGGGUGAUGGCUCUCCCUCCAAAGACUCUACUUGAACCUGUUCGAACGCGAAGCCCCCCAGAUAAGGACCAGCCUCUGAAGACCCUGCUCAGCUGCAUUUAUAAGGUUUUGCAUGGCUGUGUGUAUGGAGCCCAGUCUUUCAGCAGCCCAAAGUAUUACCCACUGCAGCUCUCAGAUUUGUCAAGCUCAGACUAUGAUCCGUUUUUGCCAUUGGAAAGCCUUAGGGAGCCUGAACCGCUGCAUAGUCCGGAAUCUGAACGCUCCAGCAAACUGCAACCUGUCACUGAAGUCCGUAGUCGUAUCCAACAGGGUCUGGUUUCCAUUGCAGCCAGGACUGUUAUCACCCACCUUGUCAACCAUCUAGGGCAUUACCCAAUGUCUGGGGGGCCUGCUACACUCUCCAGCCAGGUGUGUGAAAACCAGGACAACCCUUACUGUGAAAGUGCAGAUCUUGGCCCUGAGCUCUUCCACUCACCAAAUCUACAGUUCCUGUCAUUGAAUGGCUCUACGCUGCUUUCAGUGCUUCAGAUUCGGUCAGAGUCUGGUGUACCGGGAGGUGGAAUGACAGCUGGUCUGUCCUCUGCUCCUGCUUGUGUUCGUGUUAUUAUUCGGGAUGUAGCCGGAAAACACUCCUGGGACUCUGCUGUACUCUACGGGCCUCCACCAUGCUCCCCAAGCAGCCCAGCGCACACAAAAUUGACACACAACCAAUCCCCUCAUGGUGUGAAUCUCAUUCUUCACACCCCAACCCAAAAGAUCAAAGAGGAGCGGAGAGAAGGCAGUCAGGAAGACCGGCUUAAAGAGUCAGAGAAUGGAGGAAGUGCGAUAGACGCACUAAGUCCUGAGCUGGAGGGAGAUAUGGAUGAGGACAACGAAGGGAGUAAUGUUGCAGAUAAAGAAACUGUGCGACUGCAAGGAGGUCAGGGGGAAGGGGAGGAAAAGAAACAGGUGGAGGGGAGCAAGGAACAAACUGUGAACAUGGUCGAGGCUGGCUUUGAGCAACUUCUAGCACCACCAUUGGCAAAACGGGUAUGUCGGGAAGUGGUUCCGUCAUGGAAUACUCUGACGGAUGGAGAUGAUGCUCUGGAUGAAAUGCUGCAGUACCUCGGAUACUCAAGCCCUGAGUGUCUACAGAGAGCGGGAUUGCCACUAAAUAUCCCGGUUCCGCCUCCAGCUUGUGUUUCAGAGAAGCAGGAGAAUGAUGUCAUCAAUGCUAUCUUGAAGCAAAGUGCAGCGGAGCGAGAGUUUGUCCUUCAUAGAGGUGAGGAGUUGAAUAUGAGAGCAGUGGAACAGAGCGAGCCAGAUACUCAAACACCUCAGUCAGCUUUUUACUACUGCAGGUUACUAAUCAACAUCCUGGGACUGAACUCAUGGGAAAAGAGGAGUAACUUUCAUUUAUUGAGGAAGAACGAGAAACUUUUGAGAGAGCUGAAAAACCUCGACUCACGGCAGUGUCGGGAGACACAUAAAAUAGCAGUUUUUUAUGUAGCUGAAGGACAAGAGGACAAACACUCUAUACUCACCAACACCACAGGAAGCCAGGCAUAUGAAGAUUUUGUUUCUGGAUUGGGUUGGGAGGUGGAUCUCACCACCCAUUGUGGUUUUAUGGGAGGACUUCAGAAGAACAGGAGUACAGGCCAGACCACACCUUAUUAUGCCACAUCAACGACAGAGGUCAUCUUCCAUGUCUCGACCCGAAUGCCACACGACCAGGACCACAAUCUCACUAAAAAGCUGAGACACCUGGGUAAUGAUGAGGUCCAUAUUGUUUGGUCAGAACAUUCCAGAGACUAUCGGCGAGGAAUCAUCCCUACGGAGUUUGGUGACGUGCUCAUUGUCAUCUACCCAAUGAAAAACCACAUGUACUCGGUCCAUAUCCUCAAAAAGCCAGAGGUACCCUUUUUUGGUCCACUGUUUGACGGCGCCAUUGUGGACAUGAAGAUUUUGCCAACAGUGGUCAGAGCCACAGCUGUGAAUGCCAGCCGAGCGCUGAAGUCACUCAUUCCUCUCUACCAGAAUUUCUAUGAGGAGCGUGCACGAUACUUGGAAACUAUUGUGCAGCACCAUCAGGAACCAACCACCUUUGAGGAUUAUGCUGCCCGCGUCUACAGUCCAGCUCCCUGCACUCAUCUGCCGACUGACACAGAUGAGCACAGUGUUAUGUGUCUAUUGGUGCCUAAACCGCUGGAUAGUUUUAGACUCAGGGUGAAAGGCAAAGGUUUGAAGCAGAAAGUCCUUCAUGCCAGCUGUGAAUGGCUCCUGCCUCGAGAUUCUUCGGUCAGAAAGUCCGGCACUUGGGGAGGCCGGGAGCGACUCGGCCUCCCCCAUGUCUCCUCGAACUAGCAAGACGCGCAUGUCCAUGAAGCUUCGGCGUUCCUCCGGAUCGGCCAACAAGACUUGACGCGGCACGUGCAUAUCACAUUCUAUUUUCUCUGGAUCUGGACAAGAUUCAUCCUGGACUUAAAAAUAAUUCAGAAAAGACAUUGGGUAGUCUUGACACAAUUUGGAUGUCAAACUCGUAUGCUUUUAAUUAUUCUAGGCUGCCUGUGCUACUGUAUUUUGUGGAAUAUACUACUUUGAACCCUAACUUUAUUUUAGAACUGCACUCAGCCACCUGCUUUUGUAUUCAGCCAUGAUGGACUUUCAACCAGCUGUUAGGAGUAGUAUUGCACCGAUACUCGUAUCGGUACCGAUAUGCCAUUUGUCACGCUUUCCAAGAUGAUAGACGUUCAAUCGUGUGGUGUCCAAUGAGCUAAUGAACAAUUCUGCUCAUUCGUUGUCAUCCCUCUCACUUGAAAUGGAUUGGACAUCUAGAACCGUCAAUGGCAGAAAAGGAGUUAAGCAGUGUCCGACCAUGCCAUGAUAAAAAUUACUUGAGUGUUAAGAGUAAUUUAGUAUUGAAAGAAAGACAUUAUUUUUUCCCAAAACUGUGUCGGUACACUAUAGUCAUUGGCUGAUACCACACAGCCGAGUGUUGGAAUCGGUUUCGGGAGCCAAAAAAUGGUAUCGGUGCAACACGGGUUUGGAGAAUCGUCGCUCUUGAAAAGAGAUACUGUAUAGUUGUAUUAUUUCAGUGGAAAGUUGCAUGAAGCUAUAAGUAUUUCUGUUCUCAGUGCAGUGUUGCGUCUAUGAAGUUAAAGGUUUCUUAAGUUAGUAGUCAUGGAUGAAAUUACUGGCACCCCUGGAAUUUUUCCAGAAAAUAUCACAUUUCUCACAGAAAUUAAUACAGUUACAGAUGUUUUCAGUAUGAAUGUGUUUAUUCCUUGGAUGUGCGUUGGAAAAACACAAAACAGCUGAGAAAAAAAGUCAAAGUUGACACAAAAUUUUAGACAAAACUCAAAAAAUAGGCUGGACAAAACUGUUGGCACCCUCACCUCAAUAUUUGGUUGCACAUCGUUUGGAAGAAAUAACCGAAAGCAAUCGUUUCCCAUAACCAUCAAUAGAGCUGGGAAUCUUUGGGCACCUAACGAUUCGAUUAUGAUUACGAUUCAGAGGCUCUGAUUCGAUUAUAAAAUGAUUAUUGAUGCACCCCCCUCCUUUUUUUUAAAUUUUUUUAAAAUGUUUUGUACAUUAGUUCCAAAAUUGUUCAAAAAUCCUCUCAGGCUAAACCAAACUACUAUUUCAGUAUCAAGUUAACAUAUAGCAGUAAACAAAUAUACAAAAAUAACAGUAAAUAAAAAACUCCAGUCCCCAUUCUGUAUCAGCAGUUUUAAACUACAUUCAAUUAAUAUAAUGUUGUGAAUCAACCGUUAAAGUUGUUAAAAUUGCUCCCGUUAUUCCAUAAGUUCCCUUUUGUCUACUUUCGACAUGUGAAAGUUUUAAAACUAUUUUAAAGAUAGAUUCAAGUCAAUGUUUUACCGAUUUAGGAGUAUUUUAGAUAAAAAGUUAACUAGGUUCGCUUGGAAGGUUCGCUACAACAGCCUUGCAGGGAAGUGUAUUGCUUUAAGAUGGCAGCCGUUUACUAACGCCCACAUCUAGCUUUUUGUAGAUGUGCUGCUAACGCUACCGAAUCUAAAUUGCAUCUAGUCCUAUAUAAAUGAUAUCUACCGUAACAUUAUGUGGAUGUACUUUGUAGCAGCUGUCGGCAGCAGUCAGGUAUGUUGUUGUUUUUUUUUCAUCUCGCAGCAUGAGUUGAGCUAGAGCCAUGAGUUGAGCAUUGGCAUUACCCGAGGGGCCGGGUAAUAACAAGCAUGAUGUUUAGCUACUCUUGCUUCGUUCCUCAUUGCGUCCCGAAGAUCGCGCGGCGCGCUGAGUGUGUUUUACUUCCGCUUUACUUGGCAUAUUUCAAUAAUCGGAAUUUGGAUGUUUGUGAAUCGUUCUCGAAUCUUCCACGGCCGAAUCACGAAUAAUCUAAGAAUCGGAAAUUUCGCACACCUCUAAUAGGCACUGUGUUCUUUUCUUCGUAGGCCUCAUUCAUUUUUCUGGCACUGGGUGCUGGUCUCCAACCAUUUCUUGGUGCUAUUUGAGGUCUUGACCUCAAAUUUUGGUUUAUUGGUCUAUUUGACCUCUGACGCAGACCUGGUUUUCUGACGUUACACCCUAUAAUCCGGCCCAAAACAUUGUAAUAGUCUGCAUAUUUCAUGACUCCUUGCACACUGUCAAGGCACCCAGUGCCAGAAAAAAGAAUGAGGCCGACAAAGAAAAGAACACAGGGCCUAAAGUCAAAACAUGGUGGAUGUCCAAUGAUGUUUUGGGGUAGUUUUGCUGCCUCUGGCACUGGGUGCCUUGACAGUGUGCAAGGAGUCAUGAAACCUGGAGACUAAAUGUUUUGGGCCGCAAUGUAAGAUGUAGUGUCAGAAAAUUGAGUCUGCGUGAGAGGUCAUGGGUGAUUCAACAGGACAAUGACCCUAAACAUACCUCAAAUAGCACCAAGAAAUCGUUGGAGACAAAGCACUAGAGAAUUCUGAGGUGGCCAUCAAUGUGUCCGUACUCCGUAUCUAAAUCCAUGUGAACCCCUAUGGAGAGAUCUAAAAAUUGCUGUUGUAAGAAGGAACCCUUUAAAUCUGAGAGACCUGGAACAGUUCGUAAAAAAAGAGUAGUCCAAAAUUCCAUGUGCAUGGAACUUGUUGAUGGUUAUAGGGAGCGACUGCUUUCUGUUAUUUCUUCUAAAGCAGGGGUGUCCAAACUUUUUGCAAAGGGGGCCAGAUUUGGCGUGUUAAAAAUGUGGGGGGCCAACCUUGGCUGACGUCCUUUACAUAGAACAAUAUAUUUAAGCAAAAUUUAACAAGCCAUUCAGUGCUUCAGUAUUUGCUUCAUUACUUUUUUAAUGAAUAAUUUCAACAAUCUCGCAACUAGCCUUUGUGGCAUUCUCUUUCGACUCUCGGGCUCUUGCAAAAUACUACUGCUGUGAAAUUAAACUAGCUUCAAGUUGCUUCAAUUUGUCGCUGCGUAUCUACCCUGUAAUCUUGUCGUACAUGUCGGCGUGUCUUGUUUGGUAAUAUCGCCUCACAUUGAAAUCUUUAAAAACAGCGACUGUCCCUUUACAAAUGAGGCAAGAAACAGUUAUUGCAUAUUUUAGUGAAGAAAUAGUUCAAUUUCCACCUAUCCUUGAAGCGUCGGCCGUCACAGUCAACUUUUUUUUGUUGAUUGUCGCCAUUUUAGAAAAUGGAAGUAAUGGGUCACAUGGAGUAAUGUUGCUUAGCCCUUAAAUACCUGCAAUAUGAAGCAAUUAUCAGAGAAUCCCAAAAAUGUAAAAAUAAGGUCCUAAUGAAACGUGUUUUUUAAAUUUGUAAAAAGAAAAGUAAAAUGAAUAUGUGUAAUAAGUGCUCUAAUAUCUAUAACCCAUGCUAAGUCAUGUUUUUUUCUCAUGGAACCUGCAGAUGCAUGUGUUGACUUACAUCCAUCAUUUUUUUUCUUCAAAAAGAAAUGUCAAAAUUCUAAAUUAGUCUCAAAAUCAUGAAAUUUUAGGUGUAUCAAAUGUGAUACAUUUGGCAAUAAAGGGUUAAAGUGCUGCUGCCUUUUAGUGGGUAAAUGAGGAGCAGCAUUUCGUGUGUAAGCUACUUCAUAUGCUGGUUGCAGUACUGCUAACCAAUUUAUUAAGUCUGUGUGCGGGCCAGACGUUAUUGAUUUUAUGACAGAGGCCAGGGGCCGGAUGAAAUUUGACUACGGGCCACAUUUGGCCCCCGGGCCGGACUUUGGACAUGUCUGUUCUAAAGGAUGCGCAACCAAAUAUUUAGUUGAAGGGUGCCAAGAAUUUGGUCCAGCCCAUUUUUUUGCAUUCUGUGUAAAAUUGUGUACAUUUUGGCUUUUCUCUUCAGCUCUUUUGUUUUUCCAAUGCAAAUCCAAAAAAAUAAACACAUUCAUACUGAAACCAUUUGUAAUUGCGUCAAGGUCUGGGAGAAACUGUAUUUUCUGCAUAAAUUCCGGGUGCCAAUAAUUUUGUCCAUGACUGUAAAAUGGUCAAAUGUAUAAAGAAACUGAAAAAAUGAUUUGCCAACAAUAGAAAACUCGAGCCAAAAACACACAUUUUGUAUAUUUAAAGGUCAAAUAGAACAAAUGAGCUGUAGUCAUUUUUGCUGCAAAGCACUGAUGUUUAUUUCAUUUUUUUUCUCCAGUUACUUAAGUUGCUGGUUAUUUUCUGCUCCUUUCAAGGCUUUUGUUACCCUUGUCAUUCAGCGCAACGGAACACUUCAUCUUCCUUUGCGUCAUGAGUAUAAAUGUAUAUAUUAGAUAUAUUAUCUGUUAUGUGAAAAUAGUCGCUGCAAAAACCAAAUGUGGAUUCAUAUUGCAACAUUCAAUGCUUUUAUAACAACACUUCAGUUGAAUGCAGAUCCAGAAAUCAAAAUACUCCACUAUUAUGACACGGUCAUUGAAUAAAGAGCUUGUGGAUCACUUGCUAAUGUUGCUAAACACAAAGUAGAAGUGCCUUAAAUUGAAAAUAUAUGAGGCGUCAAAGCACUUACACCGCCUCGAAAAGUUAUUCCCUUUCUGUAUAUUUUAUGAAAAUCUUUUUCGUGCUUUUUCGGACCUUUGUUUCACUGUUUUGGCUUCUCCUGCUGUUAAUUUUCUGUUGUUUUCAGAUCAAAAAAAAUGUGCGACUUGUUAGAUUCAGAAAUAUGCAAUGUUGUUGGAGCUUCCUUUUUUGAUGAACUUCACUGUGUGUUACCAUUGUGAGUACUGUGACACAUGAGUCAAUCAUUAGUUAAACAUGAGUAGACGUCCCAUCCACGUCAAGCUCCGCCGAUGGCAGCCGAUGAGUUAAAGAUCUGUGUUGUGGAUCUUGACUUGAGGUGGUCUGUUCUUUUAACAAAACAAACAUGUACAAAGGUUAACCCAUUAGAGCACAUUUUGGGUUAUUCAAAACGUUUUGACGUAAAAUUAUAUGGACAACUUACCCUGUCAGAUCUACAUGCAGCAUUGUACUCACACUUUGCAUAAAUCCGUUAAAAUGUUCAACUUUGUGUACAGUCUCCUCUCUUGCAACAGGAGGUCCAAUUUAAUGCAAAAUGACUGCCCGUGUACUGUAUGUAACAGACAUUAUACAUAGGCUACUGCAUGACGCCAGUCCAGUACUAUAAAUGCAUGUACUGACCAUGUAACCGGGUCUUCACAAACGUCAAUGUGUAAGCUUGCGUAACAUAAAUGCGCCCGGAAAAAAGCAUGGGUGUGUAUUGACAAUAAACUGUUCAUAUUGCUCACUGUUGUGUUUAAAAUUCCUUAAAAAAAAUUCCUGUCGCUGCA